AUGCUCGCCUCCACCCUCCUCCUCGCUACUGUGGCGGCCGCCACGCCCUUCCCUCGCAGCCUGUACCUCCCGGCCGAGCUGCGCCUCGACUUCGGCGCCGAGCUCACGGCGCGCCAGUUCGACAACGGCACGCUGUCGUCCGCGGCCCCAAACGCGUCGGUGACGCCCGCCCCCGCCCCCGCCUCCGCCUCCGCCUCCGCCUCUCCCAGCUUUUUCGUCACGACCUACGCCGGCGAGACGUACACGUACGCUGCGCCCGAGGCCCCCGUCGCCCCCUGGGGUGUGGAGAGCUGCAGCAGCUGCGUGAUCCGCGUAGACGACAUCUGCAAGAGCGUGGCUGAGUGUAUGAGCAGACCCGAGGCGCUCGAGAAGCGGCUGUGCGAGAAACAGGACCAGGUCGCAGAGUGCUACAAGUGCUCGCGCGAGACUACGCAGCUCUCCGAGGCCGCGCAGCUCAACAUGACCACGAACAAGCGGUACUGCGCCAAGAGGUUCGGCAUCGGCAGCGGGGCCCUCUCGUCGUUGGCUGUGUCGGGCGGCGCGGUCGCUGCCGCGCUCGUCGCCUUCUCCACCCUCCUUUGA